CCGUGGAGUGCAGCCAUGGGGAAAGACAAGGCCAAGGAGAAGGAGGCCAAGGCACGGGCCAAGGCUGAGGCCAAGCGUGCCAAAGAGGAGGCCAAGCGUGCCAAGGAGGAGGCCAAGCGCGCGAAGAAGGAGGCCAAGGAGAGGGAGAAGGCUGAGAAGGCUGCAAAGAAGAAGGCGGAAAAGGAGGCCAAGAGCAAGAAGGCGCGAAAGAAGGGAAAGAGCUCAGAGUCUGCAAAGGUGCCCCAGAAGGCCGAGAAGGUGCCCGAUGCUGCGCCAGAGCGAAAUCCCGAGCCAGUGCCUCAGACAGAGGCUCCGGCGGCUGCCAAGCCCGCGCGUGCGUCGGCCAAGGGCAAAGGAAAGGCCAAGGCCAAGCAGGCAGCGGCAAAUUCGGGCUCGGGCUCCUCCAGCUCAAGCUCGUCGGGCUACAGCUCGGGCUCAGGAUCGAGCUCGUCGAGCUCGGGAUCGCGAUCGGACGCUGGUGGAGACGAGGCCGGUGCGAGUGGUCCCGCGGUCAAGGCCGCAGUCCCAAGCGGCGAGAGCAAGAUGCGUGGGGCACGAGGCCUCUCGGCUCUAGUGGCCAAGCACACCAACAUCGAGGCGCUCACGGUGGUCAAGGCCGAGAACAGACUGCUCAAAGAGAAGAACGAGUCCCUGAGCGCCGAUGUCAAGGAGCUGACGGCCGAGAACACACGCCUUGCAGCCAAACAGGAGAAGACCAAGACCAAGCUUGAUGGCCUCCGUGAAGCGUAUACAGACAUGAGCACUGCGUUUGAGCAGGCCAAGACCAAGAAUCAGGAGCUCGUCGCUAUUGUUGCAGAAGUUCAGAAGGAGGCCGGAAAGCUCGAGGCUCAGAUCGAGCAUGAUGCCACUGCACACGCCGCCGCCAUCCGCGAGCUCAAAGCUGAGCUGAACGACAAGCUGAGUGAGUUGGAAGCUGCUGCUGUCGACCGCGACGCCGCAGCCGCCUCCCGCGACGCCGCAGCCGCAGACGCCGCCGCCGCGGCUGCUGCUGCUGCUGAGCUACAGAUCCAGGUGAGCCAGCUUGCAGAGGAGCUCAAAGAGCUCAAGGCCCGCGCGCCUCUUAUGCAGCCGAGCCCUGAAAAGGCAGUCCAGGCCGAAAGCGUGGCGGCUUCCGACUCUGAGGCAGCCUCGGCAGAGCUCCUGGCCGAAGUCGAGACGCUCAAGGCGAGUCUAGCAGGCAAGGACGAGGAGCUGGCCAAGCUGCGGUCUCAACUGGAAGAGGCUCGAUCGGCGGCGUCCGGCAUGCCGGGUGGGGCCAUUGCGCUCCCGCGCGGCAAGCCCAAGAUCAAGCCGCGCGUUCGGAUGAAGGGCUUGUUCUGGAAAAAGGUCAAGACGCUACCGCCGACACACCCGCAGUACGUGCCGACGGUGUGGGAGGAUCUGGAGGAGCCCGAGUUUGACAUCGACCGUCUCGAGGAGCUGUUCGGGAAGAAGACCGGCGGCGGGAGCGGUGCGAGCGGAGGUGCUACUGCCGUUGCCGCCGCCAAGCCCAAGUUCACUAAUGUGCUUGACGGUAAGCGGUACAACGCAGUGGCGUUCAUGAUGGCCAAGCUGCCCAAGGCGCCCGAGCUGGCGCGUGCCGUGCUGGAGCUUGACGAUUCGGUGCUCAACCCGGAGGCCGUCUCGCAGCUCCUCGCCAACAUGGGGACGCCGGAGGAGAUUGCGGCCAUCAAAAGCGCAGACACGUCCGAGGCGCCGCUCGACCGUCCGGAGCAGUUUGUCCUCGACCUGUCGGAGAUCCCGCUUCUGGGCAAGCGACUGCUUGUGUGGAAGAACGUGCAGUCGUUUGCCGAGGCUGCCGCCGACGUCUCACAACCUCUUGCCGCGCUCGACGACGCGAUUUCCGAGACCAAGUCAUCGCCGCUCUUGCUCGACAUCAUCGCCCACGUUCUGGCAGUCGGCAACUACCUCAACGGCUCGACAUCGCGUGGCCAGGCCAUGGGCUACGACCUCGAUUCGUUGUUCAAGAUCAACGACUUGAAGGACUCACGCAACAAGUCGACGCUGCUGCACUUUGUAGUCAACGAGAUCAUGGACAAGGCCGCGGCUACCGCCGCUGCCGCUACUGCCGAAAGGUCCAGUGACGGCGACGGCGACGAGCAGCAGCAGCCGUCAGAAGCGGCAACGUCUAACCAGACCGACCCGCUGGCGCUGGCCGAGCAGCUGGCAGCAGUCCCGGCUGGGGCCCGAGUCUCGCUUGACGAGCUUGAAGGCGGCAUCAAGCGGCUGACCAAGCUUGUAGCAGAGACCCAAGCGGCGGCCAAGGUUGUGAUGGAGGCGAGCGCGGGCGAGGAUGGCGAGGGUGCGAGCAGCGGCGACGCGUUUGCCACCAAGCUCGUGCCGGAGCUGGCGCGGAUGGAGGCUGACGUUGCCGAGUUCCAGGACACGUUCACCAAGCUCGCAGCGGGCUUCACCGACAUGCUCCUGUUUUACGGAUACACCAAGCGAAGUGUGAGCAAGGUCAAGCCCAACGAGUUCUUUGCGUCACUGGCCGAGUUUACCGAGGCGUACGAGGCCGUGCGCGAGAAGAUCGUCAAGGCACGCGCGAAGGCGGCCAAGGCACGGGAGGCUGAACAAAAGCUGGCGCGGGAGCGCCAGGAGCGGCUGAAGCACCUCGGCGACCUCGCGGUCGAUGACGGGUCGACACGUGAGCUGACUGAAGCCGGCGUGGCGGCGACAUCGUUGUCGAGGGCGUCAACUGUCGACGACCUGGUCAUGUCGCUCAAGUCAGGGGGCAGCAGCGACAAGAAGAAGCGCCGCCGCAACUGAACAACACGAUGCACAAUACAGACUGCACACUAAACGUGGACAUAGCGUCGAAUCAGAAGAGA